UGACAUUCAGUUCAGACAUCUGUCAAAACCAUAAACAUUUUCGAAUUUCUUAAGAUAUGUUUUAAUAAAAAUAGCAGUUACUAGUAAGGAAAAUCCCAAAAAUGGCUCAUCACUAUGUUGUCACCGCUCACAAACCUACUGCUGUUACGGCGUGUGUUACUGGCAAUUUCACUUCGGCGUCCGAUCUGAACUUGAUUGUAGCAAAAGACACUAGAUUAGAAAUAUACUUGGUAACUCCUGAGGGGCUUCGCCCCAUAAAAGAAGUAGGUUUAUAUGGGAAGGUAGCUGUGAUGAAGCUGUUUCGACCACAGAAUGAGACUAAAGAUUCACUCUUCAUUAUAACUGUAAGAUACAAUGCAAUGAUAUUAGAAUGUGCAAAUGAUGGUGAAAACAUAGAUAUAAUCACUAAGGCACAUGGAAAUGUGGCAGAUAAAAUUGGCAAACCAUCAGAGACUGGGAUUCUAGCAAUCAUAGAUCCUAAAGCUAGAGUUAUUGGGUUGCGGUUAUACGAUGGAUUAUUUAAAGUUAUUCCACUAGAAAAAGAUAACUAUGAAUUGAAAGCAUCUAAUUUUAGAAUGGAAGAUUUGAAUGUAUAUGAUGUUGAAUUUUUACAUGGUUGUGCUAAUCCAACAAUUAUUCUCAUUCAUCAAGAUGUGAAUGGCCGCCAUGUCAAAACCCAUGAGAUCUCUCUUAGGGAAAAACAAUUUGUCAAAAUUCCUUGGAGACAAGAUAAUGUUGAAACAGAUGCAUCAAUCAUUAUCCCUGUUCCUUCACCUCUAGAAGGUGCUAUUAUCAUCGGACAAGAAAGUAUUAUGUAUCAUGAUGGAAAUACAGGAAUAGUUGUUGAUCCUGCUGUUAUAAAGCAAAGUUCAAUUAUAUGCUAUGCCAAAGUAGAUCCAGGUGGCUUGAGAUAUCUCUUGGGCGAUAUGGCUGGACAUCUUUUUAUGCUUUUCUUAGAAGUGGAGUCUAGAGGAGAUGGAUCUAAUGUUGUCAAGGAUCUGAAGGUGGAGUUAUUAGGCGAGAUUGCUAUCCCUGAAUGCAUCACUUAUCUGGACAAUGGGGUCCUAUUUAUCGGCUCGCGUUUGGGCGACUCGCAAUUGGUCAAAUUGAAUACCAAAGCGGAUGAGAACGGUUCUUACGUAACUGUGAUGGAGACCUUUACGAAUUUAGCUCCCAUAGUCGAUAUGUGUAUGGUCGACCUCGAAAGACAAGGCCAGGGUCAGUUGGUCACAUGUUCCGGAGCAUUCAAGGAGGGUUCUUUGAGGAUCAUCCGGAAUGGAAUCGGGAUUCAGGAACAUGCUUCCAUCGAUCUACCCAGCAUCAAGGGAAUGUGGGCUCUGCAGGUUGCCUCAGAUGGCAAACUGGACAAUACCCUUGUUUUAUCGUUUGUGGGACAAACUAGAGUUUUGAGUCUCAACGGGGAGGAAGUGGAAGAAACGGAAAUCGUCGGUUUCUCGGCAGACCAGCAAACCUUCUUCUGCGGCAACGUCGUGAACGAACAAUUGGUUCAGGUCACUUCCGCUUCCGCUAGAUUGGUGUGCGCGCUCACCAAAAGACUCCUGGCCGAAUGGAAGCCGCCCAUCGAGAAGAAUAUCAGUGUGGUCGCCUGCAACACCAGCCAGCUGGUGGUAUCCACCGGAUCUGCGAUAUACUACCUAGAGAUCCAUCCGAGAGAAUUGAUACUGAAAGGAUCAACAAAUUUGGAAUUCGAAGCGUCUUGCUUGGACAUAACACCUGUUAAGGAAGGCUCAACCUCCUCGGAAUAUGUUGCUGUAGGCUUAUGGACAGACAUAUCCGUUAGAAUAUUGAGAAUUCCAGAUCUAUCAGAAGUGACCAAAGAACACCUAGGAGGAGAGAUCAUACCUCGGUCCGUGCUAAUGGCGUCUUUCGAAGGCCACUCGUACCUCCUCUGCGCCCUCGGUGACGGAUCCAUGUACUAUUUCAUCAUGGACAAGGAAUCGGGCGUCCUCAACGAGAAGAAAAAGGUCACCCUGGGCACCCAACCGACGGUCCUGAAGACUUUCCGCUCCCUGAGCACCGUCAACGUGUUCGCCUGCUCGGACAGACCCACCGUCAUCUAUUCCUCGAACCACAAGUUGGUCUUUUCCAACGUCAACGUCAAGGAGGUUAAUCACAUGUGCUCCUUGAACUCGGAGGCUUAUCCGGACAGUUUGGCGCUCGCGACCGAUUCUUCCGUCACGAUCGGAACGAUCGACGAGAUCCAGAAACUGCACAUACGUACCGUGCCCCUCUACGAAUCACCCAGGAGGAUCGCUUACCAGGAACAGACGCAGACUUUCGGCGUGAUCACGACCCGGAUAGACAUCCAGGAUUCGACCGGUCUGAAUCCGGCCAGGCCGAGCGCCUCCACGAUGGCCCAACAGUCGUUCGUACCGAGCAGCGUGGCCUCGCUGGCCGGCGUCAAAUCUGGCACCAGCGGCUUGAUGGGUACGGGCAAUCCCGUACCGGAAUACGGCCAGGAGGUCGAGGUUCACAAUUUGCUCAUCGUCGAUCAGCACACUUUCGAGGUGCUUUACGCCUAUCAGCUGAUGCCACAAGAAUACGGCAUGUCCAUAAUGUCCUGCCAGUUGGGGAACGAUCCGAACAUUUAUUAUGUAGUGGCUGCAGCUACGGUCAAUCCAGAGGAGAACCAACCCAAGCAGGGUAGGUUACUGAUUUUCCAAUGGCACGACAACAAGUUAACCCACGUUUCUGAGAAAGAAAUUAAAGGUGCAUGUUAUUCACUGUGUGAAUUUAACGGAAAGAUUCUCGCUACAAUCAACAGUACAGUUCGUUUGUUCGAAUGGACGGCCGAGAAGGAGUUGAGAUUAGAGUGUUCUCAUUUCAACAACGUCCAAGCUUUACAUCUGAAGACCAAGGGCGAUUUCAUUCUCGUCGGGGAUAUCAUGAGGAGUAUGACGCUGUUACAAUAUAAAACUAUGGAAGGCAGUUUUGAUGAGAUAGCUAGAGAUUUUAAUCCAAAUUGGAUGACGGCCAUAGAGAUACUAGAUGACGACAUAUUUCUUGGUGCCGAGAACUCUUACAAUCUGUUUGUGUGUCAAAAAGACAGUGCCGCUACAAAUGACGAAGAAAGACAGCAGAUGCAAGAAAUUGGUCAUUUCCACAUUGGUGAGAUGAUUAACGUAUUCAGGCAUGGUUCCUUGGUGAUGCAGAAUUUGGGUGAAACAUCUACGCCUACUAGUGGCUGUGUAUUAUUUGGUACCGUGGGUGGUUCUUUAGGUUUGAUUACAUCAAUUCCGAUGCAGUUUUACGAGUUCUUGUUGGAGUUGCAGAACAAAUUAGCAAAUGUGAUAAAAUCCGUGGGUAAAAUUGAACACUCUUACUGGCGUGCUUUUCACACAGACAUGAAAAUGGAGCAGAGUGAAGGAUUUAUCGAUGGGGAUUUGAUUGAAAGUUUCUUGGAUUUGUCACAGGAUAAAAUGAAGGAGGUUGCCGAAGGAUUACAGAUGGUUCAGGAGGGUGGAAUGAAACAGGAGUGCACAGUGGAGGAUCUAGUGAAAAUAGUUGAAGAUUUAACCAGAAUCCACUGAAUUUUUUUUUAAUAAUUCUUUUUUGAGUUAUGUUUACCUUAGUAUGAUGUUGCGAAUUUUGUACAAAGUAAAGAAAAAUAAGUUUUAA